AUGGACUCAACCAUUGAAGUUACCCAACGCCUUGACAGGCUCAGCAUUGCCACCAAUCUCCCCUCUUUUACUCUCAACGAAGCCUCAGCUUCUCCUGGGCCUUCUCGCCGCAACAUGAACCAGUCUUUUGUCUCUUCCGAGACUUCCACCCAAGGACAAACCGCAACCGCCAGCACCACCAUCCACGGCUCUGACACCGACAUCACCAUGAGUAACGACCUCAUCACCGCCACCAGAAACCUUUCACUCAGGAGCAACCCACUCCAGAACCGCCGCGCCCUAGAAGCACACGGCCGCGGCCACGCCGAGUGGUCUCGCCUGUGCAACCAACUUUCUGCUCGCCACGGCACCGUCUCCAUCGCCAUGAUGAACAUCCGCGCACGCGAGCGCCAGGCCGCCCAAGCUCUCCCUCGGUCUCGCCCUCAUUCUCGUCCUCGUCUUCGCACUUCCUCCCGAGAGGCCUGCGAAGAAGCAGGUAGCUUCUUCAGACACUGUGCCCAGAUCCAAAGCCAGACUGUCAGAGCCCACCACCACCACCAUCACCACCACCACCACCACCACCGGCCUCGGACUCCUCCGGUCACUGCCACCACCGGUGACGUUGCGGGCCUGACGAGAGAAGAGCACCAUCGUAAUUUGGUCCGGGCCCAGCUAAGGUAUCGCUUGCAGAUCAGGUUGGUUUCGGCAAUUGCUGCUAGGGCUGGACAUUGA